UCACAUUUUGACGAUUGACACACCUCCCAUACUAAAAUACACCCCAUUCUGUCCAAAUACCACCUACCCAACAUGGCCACUAAAAGCGUGCUUAUGCUGGGUUCCGGCUUCGUGACCAGGCCGACCCUCGAUGUCCUCACGGACUCGGGCAUCAAGGUUACAGUUGCAUGCCGUACCCUCGAGUCGGCCAAGAAGCUGUCGGCCGGCGUGCAGCACUCGACGCCCAUCUCUCUCGACGUCAACGACGAGGCCGCCCUCGACGCCGAGGUGGCCAAGCACGACCUCGUCAUCAGCCUGAUCCCCUACACGUUCCACGCGACGGUGAUCAAGUCGGCCAUCAGACAGAAGAAGCACGUGGUGACGACGUCGUACGUCUCCCCGGCCAUGAUGGAGCUCGACCAGGCGGCCAAGGACGCCGGCAUCACGGUCAUGAACGAGAUCGGCCUGGACCCGGGCAUCGACCACCUGUACGCCAUCAAGACCAUCGAGGAGGUGCACGCCGCCGGCGGCAAGAUCAAGACCUUUUUGAGCUACUGCGGCGGCCUGCCCGCCCCCGAGUCGUCCGACAACCCGCUCGGCUACAAGUUCAGCUGGUCCAGCAGGGGUGUGCUGCUCGCGCUGAGGAACGCCGCCAGCUUCUACAAGGACGGUCAGGUCACCAACGUCGCCGGCCCUGAGCUCAUGGCUACCGCGAAGCCAUACUUUAUCUACCCCGGUUUCGCGUUCGUCGCCUACCCCAACCGUGACUCGACCCCGUACAAGGAGCGCUACCAGAUCCCCGAGGCGGACAACAUCGUCCGUGGUACCCUUCGCUACCAGGGCUUCCCGCAGUUCAUCAAGGUCCUCGUCGACAUUGGUUUCCUCAGCGACGAGGAGCAGCCUUUCCUCAAAGAGGCUAUCCCUUGGAAGGAGGCUACCCAGAAGAUCAUCAAGGCCUCUUCCGCUUCGGAGCAGGACAUUGUCAGCACCAUUGUGUCCAACGCCACCUUUGAGUCGACCGAGGAGCAGAAGCGCAUCGUUGCUGGUCUGAAGUGGCUCGGUAUCUUCUCCGACAAGAAGAUCACACCCAGGGGCAACGCGCUCGACACGCUGUGUGCCACGCUCGAGGAGAAGAUGCAGUUUGAGGAGGGUGAGCGUGACUUGGUGAUGCUCCAGCACAAGUUCGAGAUCGAGAACAAGGACGGCUCGAGGGAGACACGCACGUCGUCGCUGUGCGAGUACGGCGCACCCAUCGGCUCUGGUGGCUACUCAGCCAUGGCCAAGCUCGUCGGUGUCCCUUGCGCCGUGGCCGUCAAGUUGGUGCUUGACGGCACCAUCUCCGACAGGGGUGUGCUUGCGCCUAUGAACUCCAAGAUCAACGAUCCUUUGAUGAAGGAGCUCAAGGAGAAAUACGGUAUUGAGUGCAAGGAGAAGGUUAUUGAGUAAAAAAAAGGAAGGGGGAAUAAAAGUAAAACAAAAGUUGAUUUCUUGAUCAGGGAAUAAACCCCAGUGCUUGGGAAAACUAUAUCCGUAAAUGUACAUGGCAAAGGUUUUGACUGGAAACUAGACUAGAUAGUCGUAGCCGGGUUGCUAUGAAAGCACUGAACUUGAUACCAAU